AUGGUUAAAGAGUUCUUACGAAUUGAGCUCCUUUGGCUUCUUUCAACGAAGUAGUGUUCAAGAAUUUAUGGCAUUUGUUAGUAAAACAAUAGUUGAAAGAACUCAAACAGCUGCUAGACAAUCUGUCAAGGAAGGAGAAUACACAUGUCACGUCUAUGUAAGAGCAGAUAACUUGGCUGGUGUCCUAAUAUCAGAUCAUGAAUAUCCACACAGAGUUGCACAUACGUUAAUUACAAAAGUAUUAGACGAAUUUGCUAGUAAAGUUCCGUCGAGUGAAUGGCCGGGCGCAGUUGAAGCAAAUAUAAAUUUUCCAAAUUUGCCAGCGUAUCUAACCAGAUACCAGAAUCCCCACGAAGCUGAUGCCAUGACCAAGAUACAGGAUGAGCUGGAUGAAACCAAAAUCAUUCUGCACAAUACGAUAGAGGCUGUACUCCAACGCGGAGAGAAACUGGACGAUCUCGUAUCAAAGUCUGAAGGCCUGAGCUUGCAAUCUAAAGCAUUCUACAAGACAGCGCGAAAAACCAACUCCUGUUGCAGUUAUGUGGGUUGAAAGGGGGUUCCAUUGGACAUGAGUGUCAUGUUGUAUACAUGUUUAUUAUUCCAUUCAUGAAUACUUGUGUAUAUGUAAGAUGUGUAUGCAAUGUUGAAUAACGUAAAGCAUACGUAUGUUUUUAGAAUGUAAAAUUUUAAAAUGAAUAACCUGGCUUUCAAUGUGUUAUUGAUAAGAAUGCUGCAAUGAGAAAAAUGUUUUCAAACAUUUUGUUCACAUUUAUUGCUAAGAACGCUGCAAUGAGUAAAUGUUUACAAGCAUUUUGUUCACAUUUAUAUUUUUCCAUGUUGCAUUUCUCAAAAGAAAGACACAAAUAUCCGUUUAGUUGAUAAUACUUGACUAAAUUAUCUAAACUU